AUGGCCCCGAAGAGAAGAAGGCAAGAUAAAUUUGCAUAUGAAAAUCAAAGUGAUUUGAAAAAUCUUCGAAGCGAUAUCUUGUUCGAAAUAUACAAACACCUCGAUGAUGAUAACAUCGAUAACGAGUUUGAGCUUCGAAGGAUGCGCUCUGUUUGCUCUUCAUGGCGCUCUUCGCUCUUGCCCCUAAAGAAACCUCUUCAAUUUCCUCUUAAACUCCCACCACCGCCUUCUUCCUUAUACUCGAAAAGUCGCUCCAAUAAACCUUUCACAACGGCAUACCUUUCGCGAAGCAAUAUAUUAGUAUUUCCCCCUCCUUCAGGUGUAGAACACCAAGAAAGUGGUUGGAUUGUAAAGGUUGAACAACGGGCUGAAUCGAGUAUAUUGUGCCUAGAAAACCCGUUGCUUACGCUGCCUGCAUCAUUCGAACACCCUUCAUUGUUUAGAGGAUCUUUCGAUAUGAUCGAGUGCAAUGUCAAGGAAAUAACUAAGUCUUAUUGGUUUGAAUAUGGUAGAAACAAUGAACAAAACCCGAGAAAAGCUAAAGCAGUUGUAUGUUGGAAUAAUAAUUCUAAAGACAAGUACAAUGAUUUCACCGUAUUGGUAUUGUUUGAAGUAGGAAAGUUGGGUUUGUGGAGGCCGGGUGAAGCGGAAUGGAGCAUUAUACCAGAUCCUUUUAUAGAGAUUAUAUACUGA